UACCCCAACAUUCGCUGAGACCAGAGCAAGAAACGACAUCUAUAUACAAUACGACACUCUUCUCCCUUUUUGCUUUUUCCGAUGACAACUCAUGUGAACGCAUCGGGGCGGCCUACUCUCGCACCCCUAUGGACCAACUCUAAGGGCCUCGGCCAACGGCCGACAGCGGCUUUCCGCGCCGCUCAAGGUCCAUUGCUGUCACCAUCGCCCAUGUCUGCAGCCACAGUUGCUAGUCCCGUGUACCCAAUCUCUUUUGAUAAAGCCUUGCGGAGGAAAGACCGAGCUCUUCUUGAUAGUCUCAAUCACAAGACCAGCCCCUUGAGUGCAUCAAGUCCUAAAUCGCUUCCGUCAAGCGACGGACAGUCGCCCUUAGUUUCCAAGCUCGAGCACGCCAGCAUACAUCUCACAACUUCUGGAGAAGCCCAGUCACCUAAGUCUCCAGAAGGUGUACAAGAUAUAUUGCUGACAACGAAAGAGUCCCGUCAGUUUAGCGCACAGGAAGACCAUGGCAACAUAAGAACAUCUGAUGUCUUUGUUAUCGCACGUUCCAUACGCCGCAAUAGCACUUCUGCUGCUGAGGACUCGGGCCCUUUCUGGGAAGCAGAAUCAUCUAGCGCAAAGACUUCACAUCGACUCACGCUGAGGGCUAUUGUCCGUCCUAAGAGCCCCAGGAGACAGACUUUUCUUAUUCAACGGAAUCUUGAUAUUGAUGAACUACGGGCAACGGCUUCCGCCAGCAUUGCAGAGAAAGGUUUUCCAAACUCGUCGCCGCUCAAAGCUAAUCGUAAACCCUUACCGGUUCCCUCAAAGUGGUCGUCAAUUAGCAAAGAUCCAAGAACAGCACUAUCCUCUUCACAUGCCGAGACACACUCGAGGAACGCGUCGCAUUCUAUCGACUACGAUAAACUGAUCGGUGAUUCAAAGACGGUCCCCAUUCAUACUCAUUACACGAUAUCUGCUCUCCCCGCGCUUGCCAUAUUGCUCACCUCCGGUCAUAUUCAGAAUGGAGACGUCAUUUAUCUUCCCGUACCUCACGCGGAAUCAUGGCCGCAGACUGUUCGCUAUAUUUAUACGGGUCGGGGUGAAUUGACAACUAGCAUGCGUGAAAACAUUCUCUACCUAGGUGGACGAGUCUAGUACGACGGAAGAAUAUACAUUUAAUCAAGUAACUAACGUAGUAUAGGUUGGGGAGGAGUUAUAGGGUAUGUCAAAAUAUAAAUGAGUUCAACAAAGACAGCAUACCCAAGCAUCUAUGACUAACGUUACUGUACACGACUUCUACUAUUUGUGAAGCAUCCCCGACUACGAACCAUCAAUAAAGGAUCUUCAUCAGUGUCCCAGACGCGUUUCAAUAUCUACCAUAACAUAACUAACUUCCACCCUUCUCGAUGUCUAGCGCACCUAAAAACUAUUCAAUUGUGUUGAUGUAUCAUAUACAAUAACAGCUAGCGCAAUCACUAUGAAGUUUAGUGAGGAUCGCAAGCAGUUACUGCCAUGUGUGUAUAAAGACCCCUGAGAAUAUCAGUUGAUCUC